CCUGUAUUCCAAAAGUGGUAUUCUACAGUCCGCAAAGGAAUGCAUUAUGAUUCAAGACUGGUGGCUUUCCCCUGGUAUGAAUUUUGGGUGGCAGACGAAUGGAGGAUCGACAAAGUGAUAAAGCGCAGAGCCCAGGAAGGGGUCAAGGUUUAUAUUUUGGUAUAUAAGGCAAGUCCUAUGACCUUGGUUGUAUUGAGAACAGCUUUCUCAAUCCUUGUACAGGAAGUGACCCAGGGCAUGAACAUGAGCUCACGUCACACUAAAGCAGUUCUUUAUAAAACGGUCGGAUCUCUUCUAAACGGGACCACUAGCUUCCAACAAGUCGACCACUUUACCAACAAUGCCGUGUCUCUUCUUCAGGCAAGUCUCCGUCAUCGCGACGAAUGGCUUGAAAAAGGCAGAAGGUUCAGGCAACGCUUCCACAAGGGACCCGACUGGGAACCUCAGGAGGAUGAUCACCCUCAUGACGAGCCGCACGGUGGAUGUAUAGUCCAGGCAGUCCGCUCUUGCUCUGAUUGGAGCCAUGGAGUAUUGAAAGAAUCGAGCAUCCAAACCGCUUAUAUAGAGCUUAUUCGCGAGGCAGAACACUAUAUCUACAUCGAGAAUCAAUUCUUUAUCUCCAACACUGGUGAUUAUGGUCCGGUUCAGAAUCGUAUUGCACAGGCCUUGGUCGAAAGAAUCCUUCGAGCUGCAAGAGAAGGAAAACGGUUCAAAGUCGUUGUCUUACUGCCAGAAGUUCCCGGGUUUGCUGGAGAUAUAAGCCAAGGAAGUGAUCUCAAAACGAUUCUAGCUGCAACUUGGAGGACCAUCAAUAGAGGAGGGCAUUCUAUCUACGAAGAAAUUCGAGCGGCUGGAUACGAACCGUCAGUUGUGGAGAUGGAAGAAAACAGCGGAGUGACAUUCCACCAGGCACAGGUGGCCUUAGCUAAGCAAUGGAUUGGGGUCCCUGAAGUGUGGACUCAGCCGAACGUCUCGAUCAAACAACCCGACCCAACUAAAGAAGGUCUAAUCAUUGAGGAGACGAAAACAAAGGUCGAGGCCCUUAAAUACCCUGAGACGGUUGAGGAAGCUGUGGAAAUUAUCGAGAAGUUCGAAGCCGGUGCUAUUGGAAUUCGCGAUGAUCAUCGUGUAUCAGAUUCUAUUGCGCAUCACGCUCUUAUGGAUGACACAAAUCUUUUGCAAGAGAAAUGGCUUGGUACGGAUGAAGAGGAAUAUGAGAGUUAUGUUUCUGAAAUACUGUACAUUCACUCCAAACUCAUGAUUGUCGACGACCGCCGCGUCAUCUGCGGAAGUGCCAAUAUCAACGAUAGGUAUGAACCGAAUACAAUCAUAUCCGGCCAUUCUAAUACUAUGAGUAGAUCCCAGAAAGGUAAUGGAGAUAGCGAGAUUGCGCUCGUCGUUGAAGAUACAGACAUGAUAGACGUACAAGGUCGCACGGUUUGCGACGUCCCUGCGUCGGAAGCUCUACAGAGGUACAAACUAUCUGCCAAUAAAUUGCCCCAAACUGACAUCUCCGUAGAACAUCUCGGACUGAUCAGUCCAGAACCCGUUGGUGUCGAGAACGAUUUCAUGAAACCCGCCCCUACUCCAAAUCCGGAUGAGUUCGGCUUGCCUGAAGAUACCUUGGUCGCGGAUCCGAUGUCCAUAGAAAUGGAGGACUUGUGGAAUGGAACUGCAGCUCGCAACAGGGCUAUAUUCGCCGAACUGUUCAAGACGGUGCCAUCCGAUACAGUCAGAAACUUUGAACAAUACAAGAACUAUGUACCUAAGACUCGAGCCGGUCAUCUUCCCCCCGGUCAAUCCCUGGACAGAGUCAAGCAGCGUUUGGCACAAGUCCGCGGACAUUUGGUAGAAGCUCCUCUAGACUUCUUGAUUGACGAGAAGGGAAUAUGGGAAAAUGCCGACUGGAUGGUGCCAAAUCUAUCGUUCGUCAAACCCCACAAUCACACGAACCAGGCAAGGAUGCAAGAUGUUACCUCUGCGGACUGCGACUCGGCAGGCCGCGCGUGGUCGGAUGUUUCUUUCGGCGGUUUCUUUGCCAUAAAAGAGCCUUCUACAGCAGCUUCCGUAGUUGGGGUGGGAUUCUCCUCCUACUUCCUGUUUGGAAAUCUAUUCGCUAAAUAUGGGGGCACCUUACCCUUGUCGGAGCAAUCCGCUAUGCUUCUGACUCCUGAACAAAAGCUCAAGUCUUGGCGAUUGAACUUUGAAGUUGGAAAGGCUCAUCUCGGAGGAAGCACUGCGUUGGCCGCCACUUCCUAUCUCUUAGCUGCAUAUUAUGCACGCCCCGGCUCUGUCUCAAGAACCCCUUUAAUAACAGCUAUGUUGGCAUCUAUCGGGGUUGCAGCUUUUACUCUCCUUGUUAUGACGCCAACCAACAAGAAAUUGCUGCAGCUGAACCAGGAUGUGGACGCUGGCACACUUAAGGCUUCCAAUGCGGAUGUUAAAGAUCUCAUUUCUCGAUGGAAGGGUCUCCACAACCUGAGAAUGAUCAUAGGUACCCACGGCGGGUCUGCACGACCAUUCAACGUCGUGCAGCUCGCUCUGCCCCGAAACUGGGAAGAUUUGCAAGUUCACAUGCACAUGAUGAUCACCACGAACAACCUCACCCCUUCACCUAUCCCAAAGAAAGUGUGUAGAGCUCUCGAAAAUGGACCCAUACCGAUCAUGAUCGCUAAUAUUGCUCAUAAAGCUCUCACAAGCCGUCCAUUCAUUUUAACAGGGGCCGCAUUCGUGACACUGCUGGGUUUGAACGAGGCAGGUUUCUUCAAGGCAGACGAGAGUCAUCCAAUUAAGCGUUACAUGGCCUCAAAAAUACCAUCCAAUGAGUCAUUAUUGCAAGAAAACCUUGCUAGAAUCGAAGAGGUGAAGGAGAGUGCUGCCGACUAUAGACUGAGAACAAGCGCACGGAAGCGUGUUUUCAAACAAGUCAAGAACCCUGGAUCUAUGGCACUAGCGGGGGAUGAUGGUUUAACAGUCGCUCCACGACAGGAUGUAAAUACUAUCAACCCGAGAAGGACAUUCAACGAGGUCUAG